UUUACACGACUUCACAUCAGUGUCAACCAUGUUGGGUGCAGCGUGUCGGUCUUCUGGGUAUUUAGCGACAAAAACCGCUGAAAAAAUUGGAAAUGAAGCCUUAAAAGUGUUCGGGACGCAAUGCGGAAACAAACGUUCUUAUGCUGCAAAACCAGCAGCGGCUGCAGGAGGGGUCGCAAAAGGUAAAGUGGUCGCCGUAAUUGGUGCUGUAGUCGACGUCCAAUUCGAAGAUAACCUCCCCCCGAUUUUAAAUGCGCUCGAGGUUCAAAACCGUCAGCCUCGUUUAGUUUUGGAGGUUGCGCAACAUUUGGGUGAAAGCACCGUGCGCACCAUCGCUAUGGACGGUACUGAAGGUUUGGUCCGUGGACAACAAGUCUUAGAUACCGGUUACCCGAUUAGGAUUCCCGUCGGUGCGGAAACUUUGGGAAGGAUUAUUAAUGUCAUCGGGGAACCCAUCGAUGAAAGGGGACCAAUCCCCACCGAUAAACUGGCCCCAAUUCACGCCGAAGCCCCCGAAUUCGUUGAUAUGAGUGUCGAACAGGAGAUUUUGGUCACCGGAAUUAAAGUUGUAGAUUUAUUGGCCCCAUACGCAAAAGGAGGUAAAAUUGGGCUUUUCGGUGGUGCGGGAGUCGGAAAAACCGUACUCAUCAUGGAAUUGAUUAACAAUGUAGCUAAAGCUCAUGGUGGUUACUCAGUAUUUGCUGGUGUCGGUGAAAGAACCCGCGAAGGAAACGAUUUAUACCACGAGAUGAUUGAAUCAGGAGUUAUCUCCUUAAAAGAUAAAACCUCGAAAGUAGCCCUUGUCUAUGGGCAAAUGAACGAACCACCAGGCGCACGUGCUCGUGUUGCUUUAACCGGAUUAACCGUUGCGGAAUAUUUCCGUGACCAAGAAGGCCAAGAUGUGUUGCUUUUCAUCGAUAACAUUUUCAGAUUCACUCAAGCCGGUUCGGAAGUAUCCGCUUUGUUGGGUCGUAUCCCCUCCGCUGUCGGUUAUCAACCAACUUUAGCCACCGACAUGGGUAGCAUGCAGGAAAGAAUCACAACAACCAAAAAAGGAUCGAUUACUUCCGUGCAAGCCAUUUACGUACCAGCUGAUGAUUUAACCGAUCCCGCCCCCGCAACGACUUUCGCCCAUUUAGACGCCACCACUGUCUUAUCCCGAGCCAUCGCCGAAUUGGGAAUUUACCCAGCUGUAGAUCCCCUCGAUUCAACCUCCCGUAUUAUGGAUCCUAACAUCAUCGGGCAGGAACAUUACAACGUAGCCCGUGGAGUCCAAAAAAUCCUCCAAGAUUAUAAAUCGUUGCAAGAUAUCAUCGCUAUUUUGGGUAUGGAUGAAUUGUCUGAAGACGAUAAGUUAACCGUAGCGAGAGCUAGGAAGAUCCAAAGGUUCUUAUCUCAACCUUUCCAAGUCGCCGAAGUUUUCACCGGACACGCUGGAAAGUUGGUACCUCUCCAAGAUACUAUUAAAGGAUUCCAAAAAAUCCUCCAAGGUGAAUACGAUCAUUUACCAGAGGUCGCCUUUUACAUGGUAGGACCCAUCGAGGAAGUCGUUCAAAAAGCUGAGAAAUUAGCCGAAUCUUCCUCGUAAAUUAAUUCGAUUUAAGAUGAGUAAAAAUGUAGUUUUUUAUUUUUUUCCUUGGUUGGUAUUAAAUGUGAAUUUUAAAAUUAAUUUAAAAAAAAAUAGUUUUGGGGAAAAUUAAGGGAUAAUUAAAUCUUAUAACAUCUUUAAGCCCCCUCUUACGAUUACGAUUUAUUAUCUCUCGAUAGCCCGAAACUUAAAACUUUAAUUAAAGGAAUAUUUCGUUCUGUUGCAAAAAGAAAUUAAAUCAACAUCUAAAACGCAUUUUACUGAUGGUGUAACUGUUAUUAAUGUUUUAAAUAAAAAAAAUUAAGAAGUAGUAAA